CGUGUUGAAUAAUAAUAAUAAUAAUAAUAAUAAUAAUAAUAAUAAUAAUAAUAAUAAUAAUAAUAAUAAUAAUAAUAAUAACAAUCCCAUCACCUGGAAACCUGCUUUUUGACUUUACCGCCGCUCCGCGCUCAUCUCACCUGAGUGUCCCGGGAAAGACGCGUGCUUCUUGGGGAUAAGGAAAGCAAGCCCCGCGUUCUGAAAAGGGCUGCAGGGAUUCGAUUGGACUGACCAGCAGGAGGAGGAGCUGUGACUGGUGACCAGCCACUCAGCGCAGUAUACACUCAGAGAGGACUAUUCCUGUGCACGAGGGGAGUGCAGGAGGAGGUGGGGACGGCAGUGUCUCCCGGCCGCACGGCUAUGCGCGAGUGUGAUAGCGGGUCACGGCCAUGGAGACGGACAGCUACAGGGGGCUCCUGGAGACCAGCGACGGCUUCGACCCCGAGUUGGGGGGCUGGUCCCUGCCCUACCCGCUGUGGCUCCAGGUCUCCCUUACAGGCUUCCUGAUGCUGGAGAUCGUGCUGGGCUUCAGCAGCAACCUGACUGUGCUGGUGCUCUACUGCAUGCAGUCCAGCCUGGUGGACUCGGUCAGCAACACGGUGACCAUGAACCUGCACGUGCUGGACAUCAUCGUGUGCGUGGUGUGCGCGCCGCUCACCAUCGUGGUCAUCCUGCUGCCACUGGAGCACAACGCAGCCCUGCUGUGCUGCUUCCACGAGGCCUGCGUCACCUUCACCAGCAUCGCCACGGCCGUCAACGUGCUGGUCAUCAGCAUGGACCGCUACGACAUCUCCGUGCGGCCCGCCAACCGCAUCCUGACCCCUCCCCGCGCCGCCCUGCUGCUGGCCUGCGUGUGGGCCGUCUCCCUGGCCGUCUUCUUCAUCCCCUUCCUGGAGGUGCGCUUUUUCGGGGACCCGGGUGAGGGGGGCGGCAGCGAAGCGGCCUGGGAGAACCGCACCCUGCUGUGCCUGAGCGGGGCAGGAGGGAGGUGGCAGGCGGACUAUCACAGGGAGCUGGGGAUGUACUACCAUCUGCUCCUUCAGAUCCCCAUGUUCUUCGUGGCCAUGGUGGUCAUGCUGGUCACCUACUACAAAAUCCUGCAGGCGCUCAACAUCAAGAUCGGCUCACACUUCAAGAGGAGCCAGCGGCGCAAGAACGCCGGGAGCAGCGGGAGCAUCGGCAACAGCAGCAACAAGAACAAGAACAAGAAGAAGAAGAGGAAAUCUUCCGGCCAGAUGGUCACUGCCCCCAGCGAGACCAAACUCCUGACCCAGCCCCCUCCCCUCAUCCCCAGCUCCACCCCCCAGCCCCCAGCCCCUCAGAUGGGGGUCCAGGCUUCCGUCUCGGUCAUCAUCGCCCUGCGGAGGGCGGUGAAGCGGCACCGGGACCGUCGUGAGCGCCAGAAGAGGGUGUUCCGGAUGUCUGUGAUCAUCAUCUCCACGUUCCUGGGCUGCUGGGCUCCCAUCUCGGUGGUGAACCUGCUGAUCCUGUGCCUGGGCCCCAGCGACAGCCUGGUGACGGUGCGGAUCUGCUUCCUCGCCCUGGCGUACGGCUCCACCGUCUUCCACCCGCUGCUCUACGCCUUCACCCGGCAGAAGCUGCGCAAGGUGCUGAAGAGCAAGGUGCGGAAGCGCGUGGUGUCGCUGCUGCAGGUCGACCCAGCCCCCAGCGGCACCGUCAUCCACAACUCCUGGGUGGAGCCCAGGAAGGGGGGCCGCAGGCCGAGGCUGGAGUGCAGCGACGCCACGGACCGCUGCCUCACCGAGGCUGUCAGGGAGUGACUCUCUGCCCUUUUACACCCCUCCCUGCCGCCUUUCUUUAUUUCCUGCCUUCUCUCUCCCAACCUCUUUCCUCUCUCUCUUCCUUCCUUUCCAUUCCCCCCAUUUUUUCCACCUUGCUUAUUUUCUUUGUUUGAUUCUUCUCUCUUCUUUUCCUCGUUUCCCUUCUUUUCCCUGCUCUCUCCUUGAUUUCUUGCCUUCCAUCAUCUCUGCUGUCUUUCCUCUUUUUUCCUCCAUGUCCCUGUCCCUCCAUUCCCUUUUCCCUCCCUCUCUUCCUCCAGAGCCCCUUGCCUCUGUCUUCCUCCCUUCCCUGUAUUAUUGUAUUUGCCUUGUCUCGUUUUAUUGAGAAAACAACCAGCAAAACUCUCUCUCUUUUUCUGACUCUGUAGACUGCAACCAUUGCAACAGGUGCAGCAGCACAGUGUGUAUCCUCAUGUGUGAAUAACCACAGCACUCUAUGAACAUUCACAGUGCAUUCUGUAUAUACACCAAGUACAAUGAAUGGGACAGAAAGUCUGUUCAGAUCUGUGAUACUGGAGAAUCACUUUCCUUAGAUCGAGCUCCGUAGGGUAAGGAACAGAGCGAUUCGCCUGCUCAUUCUGUCGCUGGAUUUGAAUGAAUUGAAGAUAGAUUCUAGAAUGAUUAUUGGAUUUGAAUGAAUUGAAGAUAGAUUCUAGAAUGAGAUCCAGUAAGAAGAACACUCACUCAGGAUCACCGUUUCUAUGUAAAAGUUAUUCGAUGCUGGAGAUCUCAACGCUUGUGGUAUGAAGAACAUGAAUUCGCUCAGCGGGACUUGAAUGGAUCAAUCCCAUAGUGACUGUAAGGUUAGCAUUCAUUGCAAAGCUCUUGUGGGGUGGGUCCCUGUGGAGACGUUCCUGGCAGUGUGGAUGCAAGAAGCAUCUGGAAGUGAGAGCUUGUUUCUAGUUUUCUGGGAGAGUGGGAUACAAAAUGUUUCUGUAAUAAAGACUGUGUGACAAUUCCUUACUCAACCACUGCCUGUUACCCCAGACCAGCUUCAGAUCUGCAGUGCUGUCCAGAUACAGUGUACAGGAUACGUGUGCAAUAGGGCCCCACAGGGGGGGGGGGGGCGUAUAGGUCAAAUAUACGGACGCCCCCGAGGAGUCUGUGUGUUGGACGAAUACACACACCCCGAAGGGCCGUACUGAAUUUAUCAUUCAGGUCAAACAGUAGAUUUGAAAAAACAAAAAGCAUAAAUGAUGCUUCGGGCAAAAAAAUGAUUCGUUUUUUUUAUUAAAUAUCCUGAUGCCAAUAAAGUAGUCCCGUUUAUAACUUUGAACUGCACACUAAGUUAAGCUGAGCAAAUUCAUUUAAUUGAAACAUGCAAAAAUGAGUACAUGUUUAUUUUUGAUAUGGGUUGAAUUGUACAUUGCCAUUGAAAAGAUCCACCAGGAGGCGCAGUUGAGACGGCACUGAAUUCUUUUUUUUUUUUUUUCAUCUCGGUGGAAGCAGAACGGAGGCAGUGGGUAAAAAUAAAUUCACUGCCGUCUCGGAUUUCAAUAAGUUAAGGUCUGUGUUGGAAAGGGGUGGAUAAUGUGCAGACGUGUCUUUUUGUGUUUUUCUGUAGCGUCUACAAACUGCUAAACAGACAUUAUUUGAAGUGAGUGUGUAUGUUGACAGACCCCCCAGUGUUGUUUUCAUUUACACAGUGGUUUAUUCCAGCUCAAGAUUUUCUGAAGAUGUGCAUUUUCCACAGUUGAGACAAUCUGUUAUUUUGUUUCAGCCAGUCCUGAAAGACAGUGGUUUUAAAUGUUUUCUUGUUUUUUUUUUCGUUUUGCUGUCUUCCAGUUAAUGUUCUUCAUCCAGCUCUGCUUGGUACUGUUGGGGUUGUUUUGCUGGUAAUUGGUCACUCAGUUUGAUUGUUACUGUCCAUCUGUAACUGUAAACAAGAUGGAUCCCGGUACUUUAAAUUCUGUGAGGCAGCGCAGUGAUUUCAAAUAAUGUGAUGAGGCUCCAGCUGUCCGCAUCCAUCCAAUAUACAGACAGCUGGAACCUUGCUCGACCAAUCACCUUGCUUGUUUCACGUUCCCUUGCCAGCCCUGGAUUCUAAAUGAUGUCCAUGCAGACUGCUCAGCCCUGUAUCCCGUUCUGAAUGUAUGUGUUUAUUAGAUUGCAGAGCUGUGAAGGACUUCAUUGCUGAUUUUUUGCAAUGGACACGCUAAGAUUGCGUUGAGUUCCUCACUGUAUUUGAGCACAUCCCCUCCCAUACAGAAUUGUAAAAAACCCCAAGAGCUGUCAGAAAACAUUCCAGAAUUAAGAAUAAGCUUCAUGAUCAAAGUUUACCUCUGUAAAAGUAAAGCAUUGAUGUAAUAAAGCAUAGGUACGCAUUGUAAAAGCCCAGAGAGGUAUGCUAAAGCAUAUUUUAAUACCUUGGCAAACCAGAGUAAACGAUGGUACAUGCAUAGAAUAACCAUGGGGAUACUGCAGACCCUUGCAGGGGAAUCAAGGGAAUGAUUAACAAGCAUCUGUCUGUAGGGAUGAUGGGAGCGGGACAGGG